AUGACAAGAAAAUACUCGGGUACCGAAUUUGCGAACAGACGCUUAAAAGUGCCUCACCCGGGCAAAUCUUGCUAUGGCUGUGUUUUUGAGCAAUUAUUGUCCCGAAGGAUAACAAGCAGCGUUUCUGUCACAAGUCCACCGUAUCAGGAUGUCGCGCCAGAGCUGGAUUGUAAUUAUUUAACAAGCCACAAGUAUCGCAAUGCAGACCAUGAUGAUUUGUGGAAUGCUCUAAACACGGCAGUCCCAGAUUCGCUGUUGUCGUGGGAUGACGAAAAGUUGGAUAUACGCGACUUCGCAUCCAAGUGGACACAGCAGGCACGAAAUUUUUUUUUAUUUUCUCAAAUAGCACGUGAGAAACGGACUCGAAUGAAAGCUCAUAAAAGUUUAAGCUCGAAAUUACUUUACGCUAAAACUACAUUGCAGAUGGGCUAUCCGGUAGUUGAAGUACGCCGAAUCGACGAGAAACGAGUGGAAUUACACCAAAAGCGUUUCAAAUGGGAUGAAACUGCACUGGAACGUGAACAAUUUCGGAAUGCUAGAUUUUGGUGCGUUAUUGAUGCAUAA